AUGGUGACCCCCUGCUCCACCAGCCCCGUGAGUCCCGCCGCCCGGGCUGGGAGGCGGGACGACCAGAACCUCCGUGCCCCGGUGAAGAAGAGCAGGCGCCCACGCCUCCGGAGGAAGCAGCCGCUGCAGCCGCUGAACCCGUGCCCGCUACCCGGAGACUCUGGCGUCUGCGACCUGUUCGAGUCCCCCAGCUCCGGCUCGGAUGGUGCAGAGAGCCCCGCGGCGCGAGGCUGCAGCCCCCUACCCGGUCCUGCCCAGCAGCUGGUGCAGCUUGAUCUACAGACCUUCCGCGACUACGGUCAGAGCUGCUACGCCUUCCGCAAGGCGCGGGAAAGCCACUACCACCCGCGGGAGUCAUUGGCGCGGCAGCCACAAGUAACGGCGGAAUCCCGCUGUAAGCUGCUCAGCUGGCUAAUCCCCGUGCACCGCCGGUUCGGCCUCUCCUUCGAGUCGCUGUGCCUGACGGUGAACACUCUGGACCGCUUCCUUAUCACCACGCCUGUGGCUGCAGACUGCUUCCAGCUGCUCGGGGUCACGUCCCUGCUCAUCGCUUGCAAACAGGUGGAGGUGCACCCGCCGCUCGUGAAGCAGCUCCUGGCCCUGUGCUGCGGCGCCUUCUCCCGGCAGCAGCUCUGCAACCUCGAGUGCAUCGUGCUGCACAAACUGCACUUCAGCCUGGGCGCGCCGACCAUCAGCUUCUUCCUGGAGCAUUUCACGCACGCACGCGUGGAGGCCGGGCAGGCAGAGGUGUCCGAAGCCCUGGAAGCGCAAGCCCUGGCGCGCGGGGUGGCGGAGCUGAGCCUGGCUGACUACGCUUUCACCAGCUACACCCCCUCCCUGCUGGCCGUCUGUUGCCUGGCGCUGGCAGACCGUAUGCUGCAGCUCCCUCGCCCGAUGGACUUGCGCCUGGGCGGGCACCCCGAGGCGGCGCUGCAGGACUGCCUGAGCAAGCUGCAGCUACUGGUGGCCAUAAACAGAACGUCCCUGACUCACAUGCUGCCCCUCCAGAUCUGCGAGAAGUGCAGCCUGUCCCCGAGCUUGAAAUGAAGUAGACCCUUGGUCUCCUUUGAUCCCCUGGCCUGGCUGCUGGACCUCUCCCAUUGCUUUGAAAGAGUGCAGUAUUGGCCUACAGAGAAGGGUUCAGUCCUCCCACUUGGUCACCAGGUCAUCCUGCAGGUUGUAAAUAGUGUACGAUUGUGGGGUUUCAUUGUUUAUUUAUUUUGCUAACAUCGCACGAGAGAAGAGACGAGUCUUUCCCCAAUAAACAGGCUGUCUGUGGUGGUUUGUCUGAAUACUACCAAUGCGAGUGUCCACAAAGAGGGAAGGUGAAGGCAAUCUGGGAAUAGAGGUGAUCAGUAACCAUGGAGGGUUCCUCCCUCCCCCCAGGCAUCUCUGUUUGGGAACACCAGGUUUGGAGAGGUUCCUGUAGACCGAGGUUCCAGUUACAAGGCAAGUUAGGGUCACUUGUUGGCCUGUAAAUGGUGACCUUGUUAGGCUGAGGACUGCUCACUCCUAGAGGUUCAAAGGGCGAGGUGGGGUGUGAGGCUGAAAAGAACCCACAGCAGUCCAUGUUGUCUAGCGGGGACAGGGGGCACACUGCUGGUGCAGAAGAUCCCAGGCUGAGAAGCUUUGGGGACUGCAGUCCCACUAGCUAGGGCAGCCAAGAGUUACCCUGACAACUGCCAGAUGUGGGAAAAUGAAGGCUGUGCAGGCAGUUAUGGCCAUUCCAAAUUGAGUCCAUUUAUCCUGCAAUCACAUGUUGAACAGUUCUCUCUUGUCUUACACCUACUAUGU